CGCGGCGAUCGCUUACCACGAAACGCGACGACCGGUUUGCCGCGAAACGGCUUGGUUAGCCGGAGGCCAGACGUCGGGAAAAGAAGGGCGAUGCGAAGUCGACCAGCUGACCCAAUGUGGCCGGAUAAGGAUGACCUCAAUGAAGUUUUAUCAGAUAAUAUUAGAGCUUCCAGAAUAGAAAGGGAUCUAGAGGGAAUGACCACAGUCCUUUUAGUAUCAGCAAUUCCUUAUGGAAAAUCAUUACCACCGGUUGGAUUAUUGACGAAAACGGCACGGACAUUCGUGCAACAUGGCGCGAGUACCGAAUUCGCCACUCAAGUUGUGGGCACGACCUUGGAUAACGGUCGUCUCUACGCGAGAAUUUUAUCUACAUCUAGUAGAGUUUAUAAAAAUCCAACGCCGGAUUCGGCGAGUCCCUAUGUCGUUUAUCCCUCGAGGACACCGGAAGAUGAUUGGCAGCUUCGAUUGGCUCUUGAUAACGCACCAUUCAGAGCUGAAAGAUUGAGUAGUAAAAUCAAUAUCAAAUCAAAUGAAGAGAAAAAGGAUAUUGGGAAUACUUCAAAACUGGACGAACUGUCCAAAGAAAAUGAUAUAUUCAAUAAAAGAGAACUAAAUGUGGAUACGCAGAGAUUUAAGCCAGAGAAAGUUCAACCGGCCGAUCUGCCCACUUAUACUGUCAAACAGGAAUACGUGUCAAAUAACUUCGAUUCAUUCGAUGAUGUAUCGAGAAGUUUUAGACCUCGAACACCGAAGAUUUUUAAACAGCAGGUGAAAACUCCGCAACAAAAUAAGGUAGAUAUGAAGCUUCUCGCUACGGUGACCUAUCAUGGCUUCGCGGAUUUCACGACAAUGGUCGGCGAUACCGUCAUCGUCUUUUCGCCGAGCACGUCACCGGCACCCAUGGGACGUCCUGCUACCACGAUUAAAGGCGAUGCUACACUUCGUCCGGAUGAUGGUAUAGCAGUAUUAAAGAUUCAGCCAACGACUGUGAUAGAACACGCAAAAACCGAUCGAUCUUCUGAGGGGGAUCGGAAGCACGGUUCGAACGAGCAACUUCUGAGCACUAUUAAUCAUGACAACAUUCAGCCAAGCGUCACCGAGGAAAUUGACAUCGAAUCAUCUAAGAGAUCCACGGAACCGUUAUUGUUAGUACCUGAUGUCGAAACGGGAUCAUUGAAGCCAACGGGUCUUGUGAAGGUCGUUGAUUCUACUACUUCGUUAGACGGUACCACGACACAUUACAAAAGUCUCAUUUAUGGCACAUAUAUCGGCACGAAUUAUGCGCAAAUAAUUCAUACAUCUUCGAACGUAUAUUUCUUCCCGGAUGAUGCCACCGUAACAUAUGGAGCCGAUGACACAACUACGGAAUAUGGUACAACUGAAACAGAAUUCGACGACCAGGAUACUACUGUCGAAACACUGCCUUCUACUACGCCGAUGAUCAUUACGACUAGCGAAGAAGAGAUGAAUGAACUGACUACUCCGUUGAGAGGCACAACAGACAGUGUCUUAACAACACUGAAGGACAUCUUAGAAAGUGCAAGAAGAGUAUUAGGAACAACUGAAUCGGUGAUACCGACUUUAGAUGACGAAAUUCCUAAUGAUAUCGUACCAGGAGAUCCUCAGGGUCGUAGUAUCAAAGGUGGCUCUCCUCAAAAUAAUCUCCAACUCGAACAUGACUCAGGCAACGAGGAAGAAAAAGUAACGUUAGCUACUAGAUUAUUGCCGUCUACCGUCUACAAGACGUUUACAUACUUCACAACUUUCUUUAUUCCAGGCGGCAGCGAUCAGACUACGACUUCGGUACGUUCUCGAGAGGUAGUCUCUUCCGAGGUAACGUUUUUGACAGAGUUAAUUCGACCUACCUCGAUCAAAAAUUUAAUUCGUCCUACUACCUCGCCAGGCUUAAGGCAGAAAACACCAAGCUUGCCUGAUGAAAGUUUGAUUGAAGAGGAACAAACUACCAAACAAGAUGAGGAGAUAGAGCUCAUUUUUAAAACUUUGUACACGACGUAUACAUAUCUAACGACAUUCUUCCAAGAAAAUACAUCUAGUGUAUCCAGUCGGCAAGUUGUCGAGACUAAUGUUAUCACACAAACCGUUGGACCAAACGGUGUUUCUGCUGUUGUUGCCGAUCUCUUCAAUAAAGAUGAGUCUGUUUUAAUAUCGCCAACGACGAUAUCACAGAACAUCUUGCCGUCGGUAAUAACAAACGGUCGCACUCCCGAGAAAUUCUAUAAAGAUAUUGAACUAGAAGUUCCUGAUGAAACGACAGAGGAAGGUUUAACCACUUUCCAGCAGCAGGAUACCACAUUACACGAAAACAUUCCAACGGAAUCUAUCACAACUAUUGAUGAUUUUGAAACAUCUGACAGCUGGACCACCGAUUUAGAACCAAGUCCCACGCCAGCUAUGGCGAGCGUAGAAAUACAGGAACAAGUGAAGACAUAUUAUACGACAUAUACGUACUUUACCACUAUCUUUGUAGACGAUGAAACAGAAAUCGAAACGCGAACCGAGGUUUUCACUAAUGUCAUCACAGAGACAAUUACACCUACCAAGGUUCAAUCAAUUUCGCAAGAUACGGCUCAACCAACGACGCCGAGAUCUCAAUCUGUUGAAAAUAAGCCUGCGCCUCCUCCAGAAAUUUUGGCUUAUUUAGAAGCUCUUCAGCGUCAGAAGUCACAAGAAGAGGCACUUUUAUUAGCAAAGAAAGUUCAGCAAAAUAACACUGAUCAAGUAAUACAUGCUGAAAUUAUCGAAAACAAUACUGAGAUUACAACGGAAGAACCUACUACUUUGGAAGAUCGGUUCACCACUGAGCGUUUAUUUCGUGAUUUCCAAGUAGGCGCGCAAGUAACGCCUAAUCCUUCGACUGAGGUGGAAGUUCUGGGAUCUAUGAUCACGGACGUCGUAUCUUCUUCCAGUUCUGGUGGCGGCACUGUUCUAGAUGUGGACAAAAGAAACAUCGUUCCCGAAGAUCAGGAAUUGUCGGAAUCUAACAAUCAUGAAGUAGAACCCGCGCCGACAUUGCUUCUACAAACUAGUUACACAACUUUCACAUACUUCACGACAAUGUAUAAGGGUGAUCAAACAAAUGUCGCCAGUCGUCUGGAAACAGUUACGAAUGUUGUCACAGAGACUUUAAGGCCGUCCAUCGCAGUGCCGGUUCCAACUAGCACUCUGCCGGUGACAUAUUUCACAACAUUUACAUAUUGGACGACGUUCUACAAGGGUGGUGACACUAUAACCACUAGUCGUGAAGAAACAGUCAGCAAUGUUGUUACAUCAGAUGUCUUGCCUACUCCUACAGUAGAGCUCGGAGUAAUAAUGACUUAUACGCCAACUGUAAAUUCACCAUUAGAGGAGAAAUCAGCCAACGAAGAGGAGUCCAAGAUUACGGCGGAUAACGAAGUAACACCUGUCGACAGAGCUGGAUCUGAAAAAUCUAUCAUCGAAAAUAUAAACGAACCAUCGUCAAUAACAAUCAAACCUGAUGAUCAAAACGCGGUGAACAUUUCAUCAAUUUCACCCGAGCCCACAACAUUUUACACAACAUUCACUUACUUCACUACAUCUUACGUCGGAAAUGAGACAAUCUUGUCCAGCAGACUGGAGACCAUAACAAGCGUAUCGAUACCAGAUACUACGACACAACAGGCAACUGGUCGCGCAAUUGGUGGAUCUAUGUAUCCGUCAAUUCAGACAAUAAAUACCGAUGAUAAAACCGUGACACCGUCUAAGAUACUCGAAACUUUCAAAACAGGUUUGAUUUCGACAAUACGUUCGAGUGAAAUACAUGAAGAUAUCACGACUCAUUACACGACAGAUGUAUAUGGUACUUACAUAGAUGGAUAUUACGCACGAGUGGAAAAGAGCUCGACGAGAAUAGAAACACCGCCUUUACCUUCUUCAUCGAUAGCUACACCGGUUCUCCCUACAGGAGUUUUAUCUUUGAAUAGAGGAAGUGUAGUAGACGCUGACGAAGUCACCACUGUUUACUUUAUGACGAAACAAAUUGGUACGCUUUUCGAGGGUACUUAUGCUAAAGUGAUCGAAAGUACGUCAAGCACAAAGAUAGACGAGGAAAGAAAAGCAAGCAUUCCGCCGACUCAAGGUCAUCGAACUGGCCUAGUACGUUUGAUUCAAGGUCAGAUGGAGAAUAACGGUAUCACUACAUUUUACCAAUCAAAAGUAAUUGGCACCAGCAUUGAGGGAAGAUAUGCUCAGAUUAUUGAAAGUACUUCCAGCUUCUUUGUGCCGAGUUCCACGAUAGAUAUUGCGCCCACUUCUAUUCUACCUCCAAGUCAAUCGACAGGUAUACAAGAAAUAUCACCUUCUCCCGCCGUUAUUCAAUCUUCUGAAGAUCAUUCAGAAUCUUCUGAUCAAGAUGAGGACUCCGGCCAGAAUGAAGAAGACGACGAAGAGGAUGAGGAAGACGACGACGGGCAAAGUUCUAAAAAGAAAUCACGAUUGACAUUCUCGACAAGAAAAAGAACCUUCACGCCAGUUAUCAGACCAUUCGCUUCUAGGAAUAGGCCAACUUUUAAUCCGAAACGUAAAGGCGCGCAAGCCGCGACAACUAUUACCAGAACAGAUAUAACCCCGACGAUAACUGCUACUUUAGCUGGCAAGGGUAACAGGUUCGCAUCAUCGCGGGGUCGCGUCACUUCGCCAAUCGGGCCGUACUCUUCGACGUUAUCCCCCUCAAAUUCCAGAAGAUUUUCAGGCAGACGCGGAUCCGCCACUACUUCAAGCUCGUCAUUCCCAGCAGGUAGUACUCGAGGUAGAGCACCGCCCAGAAUAACUCCGUCGUCCGUGUUUCAAAGCAACAGACGCGGUCCUACAUCUGUAAGAGGAUCCUCUGCUAGGAUCGCAACUCGCGCUUCAAGUUCUACAUUUCCCAGUGCCUCAUCGAGAUUUCGUGCAGGUAUCAGACCAUCAUCAACGUUAUUGAGAGGGCAACCUACUAUCAGACACGACGAUCAAGAAAACGAUGCCAAUGAAUUCACCACGACUACGCUCAUAACGGAUGAAAUACCGUUUACAGAAUAUGUCGACGGUGAAACUAAUACCACUCCUUUGCAAACUACGACAGAAUCAUCUAGAAGAUCUACGAAUCCGCUCCUGAGAUUCCGCAGACCCAUUAAUUUAACUAGUAACGGCAGAUCGGUAACUACUUCAAGACCAUCAACGACCACAACUUCGAGACGAUCGGGAAACUUAAAUAGACCGAGCGCGCCAACAAUUCCUAGAGUAACCAAUGGACGAACAAAUAACAGAGCAACUCCUCCGGUAUCUACAAGAACACGACCUAGUAAUACAGGUCUGUUUCCACCACGUGGAUUUCUUGGUAGAAAGCAAGAAGCAACUACUGAAGAAUCGACCGAGUCAAGUGAGGAACAAAAUGAAGGCAACGAAGGUUUGGAAGACGAGCCCGUUGAAGAAAUAUCAGAUAAUGAUUACGAAGGAUCGGAACAUGAAGAUAAAAGAUCUAACAUAAAUGUAAAUCGUCGUUCCGGAAAAGUUGUUGGACCCGUUGUACAAAUUAGACCUUUCGGAGCCAGAACAAGAAGAAUUCGACGUCAGGCUAGCCAGCUUAGAGCAUACAGUAGUCGUUUCCGUAGACCCGCUCAAUCUUCUUCUACAAAAGCGGAAGAGAGAUCCGAUUCAUUAGACGCCAUAGUAAAUAAAGAAGACAUUAUAAAAGCACCACCGAAACCUUCUGCUCGUUAUAAUAAUCGUGCGCGAAGUUUAACAUCUUCACAACCACAGAAGUUAUCUAAUUCCGAUCAAACGGCAGAAACAUCAGAGCUAUCAAAUCAGCAAAGUAAACCUAGAACCAGAUCGAAACAAUCUACUGGAAAUAGAAAUGGAUCUGUCAGAAUAAAACCAUCUCCGGCCUCGAACAAUGGAAGACAAUUUACAUUAAGAGAAAAGGACACCUCUUCUAACAGAUCGGGAUACAAAAGGCCAACUUCUCUUUCCAGAACGAAUAGUAGAUCUACUAGUAAACCUGAAAAUGGUAGAGUGAGACCACCAAGAUUACGAAAUGGAUCUUCCAAACCGACAGAAUCUUCAACGAAUUCUCGAAGAAUAUCAUCAUCUCGCUCAAGAUCAUCAAACGGAAGAAAUGGAAGUAGAAGAGUUCCUACAAGAGGUAGAGGAACCUUUGAAGAUAUUCGGGAAGCGCCUACCAUAUAUCCAAAUUUCGACGGCACCAUAACUGUAACACAUUAUGUACCAACGGAAGUAACAAUUCCUGUGGUGAACAAUGGCGUCACAGAACAUCGAACUAUUAUAACGCAGCAACCAAGCACUGAAAUCCUCGGACCUUCUCAAUAUAAUACGGUAACAGCUGGAGAUGGAAAGCCGCUCGUAGUGAUCGUUAGCGAAGUGACGGGUACCAAUAAUCAAGGCCAGGCCGAGAUUACACGAUUCUUGCUGCAUGAGACACCCACUACUCGUAUUUCGCACACCCUCGCAAGCCUCGGUGGCCGUCGCGUCUCUCAAUCGAUUAUUAUACCUACGACGGUGUUCUCCGUGGAGAACAUAGUUUCUACGAUACAACCUUCUUUGCCUGGCAACGCUCCUCUCGCCAAUAUUCUUCUUUCACAAUUACUUCUGGGUCAAUUAGGUCAACCGAAUUCUUUGUUAUCCCAAGCCACACCCACUACGCAGUAUAACACACGCACCACCUCCUACGUCACUACAAUAACGAAACAUCGAAGCACUGUCAUUCCCCUCACCUUCCGUGGCAAAGAGAUUCUGACGACUUUAGUCGACUCCUCGACCAAUGUCGUUACUGCAACGGAAUUCAUAACGGACACUGUUGUGGUGACUCCAACGGCUGCGAUACCGGCGGCUAACAUAAAUUCUCUCUUGUUGUUACUCCAACAACCGCAGACGCAACUACAGAAUCCCAAUCCGUUACUGGAUCCUCUGUUCGCGGCUGCUCCAUUUACGCAGAGUAACACCUUACCGGGAGAAGUCGAGAGAAGACAUCAGCCGGCCGAUUCCGACUAUAAACACGAUAGCUAUGAGUAUUAUGAGGACGACGAGGAAGAAUAUCAAAAGUCAUCCAGACCACGCGGACGCGGUAAAUUGAAUGACAAGAAAAAAGAAUCCAAGGCUUCUGCAAAGGUUGAAUCUAGCGUGGUGACGCUCUACGUUUCCGGCCGCAGACCCGGAGAAUUCAGCACUGUUUUGAGUACUGUGAAAGUCGAUUCUGUGUCCAGAAGACGAAGAGACGCUUCGGAAAGAGCCAUCGAAGUCCGACCUUCUAUACCACCGUCGUUGCACGCUGGACCAGUGGCCGUUGCCAUUCUGGCGGGAAGUGAAGAUCCUAUCGAUCACGCACCAACACAAAGUCUCGAGAGCGUAGUGGAAUGGCCAACAGUCGCCUUUGCAGGUAAUCUCUACGCUGAAUCGGUGCAAUAUGGAAAUAGGAAUAUUGACCGCAGGAGAGAAGAUAUUGAUGAUACAUGGUCCAACGAGGAUUAUAUAAACAAUGGAAGAAUCGAUGAUGAUGACGAAGCUUUUGAAGAACCACGGAAGCGUGUUAGAAUUCGAGUACCCGUAGUGCGUAGCAGAACUGCUAGACAACAUAAGUUUACGGUCGUCAGGCGCAAACCCUUGACAUCUCGCACCAAAGAUAUCGCGUACACUACGUCUACCACGCAUACACCACGAAGAAUCGUGAUAACGCGUGUCAGAACUAUUGGAUCGGAAAACUCGAUUAAUUCGACUGAUAUUCCGGCAGACUAUGGAAGUUACCAGCCUAUUGGUUUUGGAAGACAUAAAGUAACUAUAACUAGACGUAGAAAACUUCAAUCUACGCCAACAUCGAUUCAAAAUAAAGUCAGAGUAACCAGGAGAAAAUUGGUCGCCGUGCGUCCGAUAUUUCCAGCAUCGACUCUUGCUAUUAUCACUACUGGAUUCUUCACUGCGCCUUCUUCCGAAUACGAUGAAUAUUCAGAUAAAGAAGAUGAGGAAGAGUACGAGAGUGAAAUUGUUAGAGAAAAAGAUCAUUCUGUUACACCCAAUCUUGAAGAGACACCGAAUUUUAUUGAUAAUAAACCAGAUGAAGAAGUGAGUUUUGUAUCGUCGGAUGGCAGCUAUGCUAUAUCUGAAGAAAAUACAUUAAACAUGCCAGUGAUUAUUACUGACAAUUUUUUUUUCCCUCCAUCUAAUGAUGAGGAAGAUGAAGAAUACGAAGAUGAUGACAUGACUACGACUGAAAAUGCAAACGAAAUCACAACUUUAAUGAAAGAUGAGCAUCUUGCAAUUUCUCCUAAAGAUGAAGAUAAUAUUGUACCUAAUAAGAAUGAUGUUGAGCAGCCAGACAAUAUUACUGUAACGACAAUACCAAUCAGCCAAACAUUAACGGAAUCGUCGGAAGAGAAAACAAUAAAAGCUCCUGAAGGAUCUGAUGCAUCAAUAAAUAUAACGGAAUCGAUCGCUUUGGAAGACAUUAAUAAUACAGAGAUAUCAACAAAAAUUGUUAUAUUAAAUGAAUAUAUACCGACUACUGAACUUACUGUUAAUAAAGAUGAUGACGAUAAAUUUGCAACGAAAGAACAAAUUACUACCAUUGCCAUCCUUGAAGAGCAAACUACUUUCAUGGAGGACAUCACUACAUUAAACAUGCUCGAUGAAUCUAUGACCAUUCCCGAUAAAGAAAACAUCACGACGGAAGAAAUUACAUCAAUUACCGAGAUGACAACGAUCGAUAAAGAAAGUAAAGGAGAAGAAUCAAUCAAAGCUGCUGAAGCUACAGAACGCAGCGUGAUGCCAGAAACGAUCAGCGAGAACUCAGAAGAAAUUCCAACAGUACAACCACAACAACCGGAUGUUAUAAUUGACUCUAAUUCGACCCAGAUUUCUCUAAUCGGAACGGUCCUUCCAUCUGAUAGUAUCAUAAUCGCACCGAGCUUCGAGAGCGUUAUACCGCUUGAGACUACGAAGUCAUCGAUACGCGACACUGAUACGUCCAAUUACUUUGAUGAUUCGUAUAUACCCAGCGUGAUACCUCUCAGCGCAAAUUACACCCGCGAGACAGUCCCCGCGAAAGUCACGAGCGAGAUUACGCCGGAGGAAAUCGAAGCUGGACUAGCGGAUGAUCUUUACCUGUCAUUAUCUCGCCUCGAUUUCCCCGAGAUCUUACCGUCGAAAUCAGCCACGAUUAAGCCACUAGAGACUAAAUCCACGCCGGAUCUCGCUUUGGAGCCCAGUACGAGCGUUUAUUAUACGGAGACGGUAGUGACGUCGACGCGACUAAGGACGUAUACGUACGUGGUGACGCAACUUAACGGACUGGAGACCAAAGUGACGUCGUCGACGACUAUACGACCGAGAGUGACGACACUUACGUUGACGGUGCCUGUCACGGUGACUGUCACUCCUACCGUGGAGUCGUCAGCCGGCUUCGUAUCAUCUGUGUAUAAUCCAGUACCCGUUGUCGGAGAAUACGAGGCGAAGGAUGAGGAAGAAGGGCGCAGAUUUAAUUUAGCGACCCGCGUAAUGUCAAACGGUGUAGAAGUCAUUGUCGCUGGACCAACUCCGGCUCUACGAUGGGAAAACUCAAAUCCUCAACCUACCCUCACCUUGUCAGAAGCGGUGGUCAUGCUCCUGCCGCAGGAUAAACCGAACGAGUUUGUCACGAAGACUUGCACAACAACUUUCACGUACCUCAGCACAAUCGUGGUAGCGAAUACAGCAACAGAGGAACGGCACAGAAAACCUGGCUCCGAAACAGCAGCCGUGACUCUAGAUGCAUCCCCGACCUUACGCACCGAAGUAUUUAAAACGACAUACACAUAUUUGACUUUAAACACAGAUCAUCCGGAUGUGAAUGAUGCCUUAGAAAGUAGCACGAGAGUCAUAACGAACACGGUUACCGCGCCGCAACAUUACCUAGACAUGAUUCUCGAGCCAUCAGAAGCUCCGCGACCAGAAACCAAUACAUACCUCAGUACCACAGUGUUGGAAAAAACAUUUAUGGAAGAAGGUCGAACGAAAAUAGAGACGAUCAGCGACACGAUUACUCAGCUAAUAGUAACAGAAUCAGCACCUCCGCCGCGACCAACCAGUGUCACAACUACUCUGACUGCUUUAGAUAACACUGACAGUAGCAUGACGGAUAUGACUAAAACAUAUUACAUCACAUACACGUAUUUCAACACAUUUUUGGAGAAAGGUAGCACGGUAGUUCGCACAAACGUAGCCACAUCGACUGAUGUGGUAUUGGAAAAAGUGCCAGUGCGAAAAACAACUAUGAAAACCGCUCCGGUUAGUCCUACGCCGGAACCUAUACAGAUCUUCGCCACUAAAACAUACCUUACCACAUUUACUUAUUUCACAACGUUAUUACAGGCUGGUCCAGAUGGUGAAACAUCAACAACUGUAACAUCUCGUUCACAUAUCGUUGAAAACGUCGUAACAGAAUCAAUAGCUCCGAGUUUAUUAGACGCCGGUUAUAUGAACGCCUUAUUAACGACUGCGCAUCAUUCCGAUCCAGUGAAAAACGUCGUCACGGGUUCGACCAUUAUCUUCUUCGAUGAUGAAGAUCAGAUCGAGCCAACUGCGACCUCAGAUCUCCUACAAUCAACCUCUAUUACAGAAAUAAAAAAACACGAGAAAAGUCCCACGAACAACUCAACAACUACAAUGUCAAUGGAAAUGUCGGAGGAUACUAACUCUGAUAUAAAGCCAGUAGAUUCAAUUGAUAAACAGGAUAAUAAUGGUACUACAAUAUUAAGCGAUGUACUACAAAAUAAAAGGCCAAAUUCUCAAUCUGGAGACGAUGAUUCAGUUAGCAAACCUCUUCUUAGUCUGGGUUCUUUAGGAAUAAAUAGUUUAUCCGCUCUGGGACCGGUAAUCACAGCAAUGGCCGGAUUAUUGCAAGGAAAAACUGCGGCUACUCGUAGAAACGAUAGCGUAUCUCUUGCAGAGAUUCAAGAAAUCACAACACAACGAUCGCCUAUCUACAUACCUGUCGCAGAAUUUGCUGACGGUGAUAUAGAAACCGCUGAAAGCCAACAUAUUGCUGCUCAUUUGGCGAAUCUCAAUCAUAAUUACAUUGCCGAGACACGCCACAAGGUUACCAGCAGUCUUGUCGACGGUAUACCAAUAUCUCCGGGUGAAAUAAUUACCGCAAAUAGCGAUGUUAUCAUAGGAAAACCGGGCAAAAUGGCGCCGAGACCGCCGCAGACGCUUCUGAAGGAUGAAGAGCAUAUUGGCAUGAAACCGCCACCAUUACCGGUACCGAAUAUUCCAGUGCAUCCUGUAUUAGAGGUGCUAGAGAACAACGACGAUGUACAAACUCAACAAACUGCACAAGAUCCACAAAUACAAAUUUUACCAGCACAUCAGGUUUACGAGGAACAUCUGAAAGUACCGAUUUCCAUUCCUCUCGAUGCAAAUCAUCCAACGGCUCCUAAACAGCCUCAAAAGUUGCUUUCCAUUCAAUCACCACCUAAGAGAAUCGCAGCAAAACAGGAUAUCCUGGAGAAUGAUCCCUUACUUAAACCACCUAACAGACCAAACGUAGAACAAUAUGCGAAUCCUAAUGUGAACCCUAAAAUUCCAGAGUGGAAUCCGGAGAAAUAUAGAAGACCAUGGAGCGCUAAAGAUCCCUUAACACCACCGGCAAGACAUGAUGAAAUUCAUCCGGACAAACCGAUCGAAAAACCACAUCCGACUUCAAUUAUGUUAUCUUCGGAAGAACAGAAACAACCACCAUGGGCACAAAAAGAUCCUCUAUUACCGGAUAGUUCUAUUAUUAUACAGAGUUCAGAAUCAAAACCGAUUUCUACCAAACCAAUAGUUCAUCAGAUCCCACACGUUAUUGAUAGAUCAACGGGGCAACCUUUAUUAGUCAAUAUCCAACCCAGUCAAGUAGCUAAUGUCGUAAUUCCUCAAGGUGGCACGCAAGCUCUGAUUUUUGGAGAUACUAAUGAACCUCAUAUAAGUGGCCAAUAUUUUGACGAUCCAUCUCCUUACCCAGAACCUGAAGUUGGACCAAGUUUCAUUGGUAUUCAAAAGAUUGAAGAAUUACCUCAAUAUUCGAGCGAGAAAAAUCCAACUCAUUACAUGGUUCCACCAUCACCACCUACCAACUUUAAGAUUUCUUCAUCAAAACCAGGUUUUUCCAGUCGUCCACAUAUUUUGUUGCCACCUGUACGCGAGAGACCACUAGAAACUCCAGAGGUGUCUGUACUAAGACCCGAUAAAAGACCAUCGGAGAUUCAUCUGAUUAAACGACCUGAUGGAUCUGGAGGUUCUGGUCAAGGCCACGUUCAUACAGAAAUUCUUGUACAUCACAAACCCGAGACAAUAAACGUUCGACCGCAACCUGCUAGUCAUUCGUCUGUCCAUUCUCACGUACAUUCAGUUCACCAACCACCAAUGCGUGGUCAUUUUUCGAAUGGUCAAACUCCGAUGGAACAAGCUCCGCCGAGGCGUGUGGAAGUCACGCCGACUGAAGUUCCACAUCGAUAUAUAUUCUUAGGAAAACCAGAUUCUGGAAACGAAAUAACCUUAGGUACCAAUUGGAAAUCUGACAAGAAACCGAUUAGAUUCGCUUUAAAUAAUCGACCGAGACCACGACCAAGACCAACGACCAAUCGGCCUUUAGAUAGACACGUUUUCGUGGAACGACCUACUGGAUAUCCACCGAUUAGGAAACCAACGUAUUCGGGACCACAGAGACCUUCAAUAAAGACGCACAACACCUUUAUAUUAUCGCAUCGUCCAUCAAUGAAUCCUCAGCCUCAUCAAGAACCAACUCGAAUAACUCCUAAUAUAUUCACUCUUCAAAUUGACAAUCAAAAUAGACCUCAUAUUUAUCCGGAUAAGAUAAACAUAGGUAAUGUUGCGCCGCCGAAUUUGCCAACUGAUAAUAAGCAGAACGAUAACAUACCCACUGGUGCAAUAGAAUAUCACAAUCCUUUACAUCCAAAUCCGAUAUCGGAAGAAAACAAGCAUUCUCAACUAUCCGCUACGCAGCAUGUAUUGCCAGAUCAUCUUGAAAAAUGGCAGACUAAUACAGAGCAAAUACAAUUGGAUUCUGAUAUUGGUGCCUCGGAAUAUAUUAAUUAUCAGAAUCAGUAUUAUGGAAAAAUAAAUAGAAGCCAAGAAACUGACGGUCAGAAUAAAAAAGACACAACGAAUUCUCAAAGCAUCAAUCAAACUCUGACAUCGCAAACUUUAUAUGGACCAGUUAUUUCCAUCAAUACGGUUGUAGGCAAACCGCUAGAAGUCGAGCAAGAACAGGAUAUAAUUUACGAACACGAAACGGAUGGGAGGCCACUUUUGCAAGGACCUCAUGGUACCGAUUUCUACAAUACAAGGCCUUACGAAUUGCCCGUAGUACAAGGCAAACCUUUCGGUGUUUAUAAUGGUCAUGUCGAUCCGACUACUUCUUACGGAUACAAAGAAGGCUAUAAACCCGAUUACGAAAUAGUUCACGGUAUACCCGCUCCUUAUAAUGAAAAUGCAAGACCAGUUACGACUAAGACGCAAAGCGGACAAGUUACGACGCUGAACUCACUCGAACGCGAUGAUAUCAUUGAUUUGAAGCCACCAGCGAUUAUAUCUCAAUUCGGCGUUGAGGUAGAUAGACCUGGAAGGCCGUUCUCUAGACCAAUUAGGCCUGAUUCUAGACCCAGUCUAACUCGGAAUAAACCAGAGAUAUUAACGAAACCACCAAUUAAAUUAGAAGUUAGACCCGAUUACUCUAUAAGACGUCCAGAGAACGUCAAACCGAAUAAUGCGGAAAUUUUUGUCAAUCAAACAUUGAAUCAUAGAAUAAAAAUAAAUCAUAAUCUUCAGAAUUGGGAUGCGGAUGUACCAAUCCCCGAUAUUGUGAAUCCUCAACAGAAAACAAUUGAAAAUAAAAAUAGCACUACAUCUCGUCCGAUUAUAAUCGGCAAUAAACGUCCGAAUAUCGUUCGACCAGAACAUGGAACGUUCACGAGAGUGCAUCCGGAAUAUCCUCAUAUUCUGACAAAACCGAAACCCCAAGUGCCGGAGCCGGUAAUUAUUUCGAGCGAUACUGCGGAACUAGAAACGCAUGGUCGUCCGAAUGUUAAGUUCUCCAUGUCGGUCGAGGCUAUGGGCGAAGAGGUAGACAGUAAGACGCAAACCGAGCGACCGCCCAGCAUGUUAGUCACGAAACAUAAUUUAUCACAAAAUAAAAAGAACGAUGAAACUUUGGAAACAGCCUAUCAGACGAACUUUGCUUCCUCGGAUUCUCAAAGCGAGAAGGACAAAAUCAAGGACGUUCCCUCUAGAAAUAUGAUGCCACCACCUCUAAACGGGGGGAUCGGAUUAAAUCAAUCAAAGAAAAAAGAGCAAGAAGGACUUAAACCGCCACCGCCAUCAAGCGACGUGCUCGGAUUGUCACCACCACCAGUGGACAUCACUACCACUCAUAUACCCGUAGAUGAUAGAUUCGCCUUAAUGACGACCGACGAAUCAGGUUUGAAGCCGCCAAAAUAUGUACCUUUAAAAGAAUCAACAACGAUUGCACCGCCUAACACAAAUAUGGUCCCACCCAGCCCAAGACCGUCACUUACAAGACCUUUCCUCGUAGAAUUAUUGUCACAGGACAUGGUGCCACCGCCAAUAUUAACAACUACGAGACCGCUCGAGAUCGCUACUAUAAGGCCAGCUGUCGCAGUUUCCGGUUCCAUACAGAUAGCUACUGCCGUUGCGACGUCUCACAUUCCAGUAAUCCAGGAUAUUGAAUCGAAAAUCCCAAUUAUUCAUGGUACUGUUGAUCUACCAGUCGUAGUUGACGUUACCGACAUCCUUAAACCUGUAAAAACGCGAAUGAGCGAACAUGUCAGCAUUUACACCGUGCGACCGUUUGAUACAAGACAUGUGUCUAGAAUUGCCAUUCAAUCGACAUCGACGUUGACGACAAAUAUAGUAAUACCGACAAAACUGCGACCACCUCAAAUAGAUCACAUUCAGUCGAGUAAAUCGACAAUUCACCAUGAUGUCAAUCCGACGAGGUCGUACGUUUUAGACAUUCCAUCAAAUCCUGUUAAGCGACCCGAGCAUCCGGUAUUCUUAGAAUCUAGCCGCGAAAGCAUCCUACCGUCAACAAGAUUGGAACCUACCGAGUCUUUAACAUUCAUUAUAGAAACGGAAAAGAAACAGCAUUCGAUAGUAUCGAAUAUCAAGACACAAAAACCACAAAUAAUCGAAUACAGCAUCGUGAAUAAAACGGCGAAUAAAGAGUCAUCCAUAAUUGUGACUAGAGUCGACAGUUCGAUCAGUAAAGUAAUCAAUACAUUGAUACCAACACCGGGCAAUAAGACGCGUCCCGAGAUAAGCAACUCGGAUACGCAGUUUACGAAAAAUAUUGUAAAGGCGACCAGUACCAUUGCCAAAAAUCAAUUCAAUGCUACUAUUCACACGAAACCAAAAGAGGUGACAAGAUUCAAAACUUCAACGGUAACGAGAACUAAAACAUCGGUGUUGGGUUCGCCGCCAACGACGAGGACGCUUUUACUUACGCACACAAUGACCACGACGACUGUCGAGACUGUGACGGAAACACUGCUGCGUCCAACAAGCGUAGUGUCUACAGUAACUUCAACAAUCUUACAACCGAUUGUUACCAGGAUACCUUCGACAUACGACAACAUAGCAGAUAAUGAUUCUAUAUUUGUUGUAAUGAGCGAUCAGAAACCACCUGUGCCUGGAGGAGAAGAGGUACUGAUUUAUGAAAUAAAUACUAUUCACGGGCAUAAUAAUUUGCUUGACUUUUAGGUGGAGGCUGAAUACGGGGAGGAAAUUUCUCGUGAUGAGCAAGAUGGAAUGGGUAAUGAAAUUCAUAGAGUAUUGACAGGUGGAAUACUUGGUGCGCCGAUAAUACCUCUUACACCAAUUGUGAAUCAAUGCAUACCGGAGUGUAAAUCAUCCAAAUCUGAAAUAUGUGCCGAAGUAGGAACCGAGAUGAGAUGCGUCUGUCGACCAGGAUUUGCGAGAAUGUUUCCGGAUCGCCCUUGCAAACCGACCUACACAUACACGCUGCGUGUUGGUCUGGAUCGUAUCGGCCAUGAAUUCGUGGCGUAUGAUACUGCAUUAAACGAUUCUACAUCGGCAACUUAUAAACGUUUGAUAGUUCCGACAAAGGAAGCUUUAGAUAGAACUUUAAUGCAGAGUGAUUUGAGAGAUGUAUACAGAGGUCUCAAAAUUGCUGGAUUCAUUCCGGAUCCUACAAAAGUCGAGUUUCAUGUGCAAUUAAGCGAUAACUCUAAUGAAACCAGAUUAAAAGAAGUCCUUCGGAAAUAUUUAGUUGGAAGCAAUUACAGUUUAGGUGGUACUGAGGUCUAUGCUUCAAAGAAUCUUGAUUCGAUCGAGGCGACUGAUUUUGAUGAAUGUACUUCCAAGGAAGGUGGUCCGCAUCAUGAUUGUUCAUCUCACGCAGCAUGUUUCAAUUUACGAGGAUCCUAUCAAUGUUCUUGUAGAGAAGGCUGGGCUGAUUUAUCAGAAAACCCAGCAUAUCCCGGAAGGGUAUGUUCGCAAGCGCCACUGGGAUGCGCGGGCUGCAAUAACAAAGGUCAUUGCGUUACUAAUUCUCUCGGUCAAGAAAUAUGCGAAUGCUUCCCUUGGCACAGCGGUCAACGAUGUCAAGUUAAUCUCAAAGUUUUAUUGAUAGCUCUAGUGACGACCGGCGCGAUCUUGCUGGGUCUCUUAGCAAUCUGUUUGGGAAUGACAUGCUUCCGUCGCCCAGGACGUAAUCGGAAGACCGGCGACAGACGAGCCAUGAUCCCUGGAACAGGUGGUGAUACCAGCAGCGAGGGUAGCGUCACUGACUUAGCGAUACCACAUCACGUACCGCAUGUUUUGCCACCGCCGCCGCAAAUGAUAGCUCCCUUGCCGCCGAACAAACGACCAGUUCGUAAGAUCAGCGCGAAACCUCGUCAUCCUCCCAGAAAAACUACUAUGGUGCCUGCAACCGCGAUACCAGUCAACGACGAUCAACGUGAUCGUUCCUUAACAGUUAUGAUUCCACGCGCGAAAUAUCGAUCGGCACCGCAAUCACCACAAAAUUACAAUAAGACCGUCAUGAGUACAUUUGCUGCCGAGGAACAUAAACUUAUAAACUAUCUCGACAAUGGUACGAGCUCUCCCGCCAAUAGGAAACAAAGUAUAUCUAGCGCGAAAGACUGCAAGGAAGCUGAUUUGCAAGGUACAAGAAAUCCGAUGACACCCACGGGUGCUCUUGUGAGUGCUGGUUUUCAGGUAUCAGCGACGGUGACCCGUAAUGUGGAUGCUGAAUCUACUUUGGCACGUUCAUGCGGUGAAACCACUGUGGAACCAGCGACGAAGGUAUUAAGGAGCGGAGAUCUUCAGGUUGAUCUCGAUUCGACUCUAGCUCGUUCAUGCGGCGAGACAACUAUCCAAGCUCCGACGAAGCUUCUUAGAUUGGAUCUAGGCGAGGCUGGUUCUACUUUAGCGAGAUCGUGCGGUGAAACAACGAUCCAACCGCCGACAAAAGUCGCCGCCGCCCGAAGAAACAGCAAAGACACUAGAGACAAUAGAGACAUCAGAGACAGCGCCAGCGAGGGUCACACCAUGGCUGAACGCGAUUUAGGAAGCACACUGAGACUUCCGGCGCAACAUCCGCCAUUAUACAGUCCGGAUAGGACUAGCGAUCGGGAAUCUAAUUUCGAUUCGCUAUAGACGCUCAAACGAGAACGAGUCACGACGUAUGGGAAGAUUGAUUGCGAACGAAGCCGCUGGACGGUAUUCUCCGUAGAUUUAUGAAUCAUUGUAUGUCGAAAUAAUUGAAAUCUGCUGCUAUCAAA